AACUAAUCCGAAGAAGUUAGUUUUUGGAAAGCAGAUGGAGAAGAAGUUAUUUACUUCUUUGCUCUUGUUUACCAUGUUUUCAGGCAUUAGCUUCGCAGGGAUAACGACAGAGAGUCCUUUGUCAAUAGGACAAACACUCAGCUCCUCUAAUGAGAUUUAUGAAUUGGGAUUCUUCAGUCCUCCUGAUAACUCACAAAAUCAGUAUGUCGGAAUCUGGUUCAAGGGUAUCAUUCCCCGGGUGGUUGUGUGGGUGGCCAAUAGAGAAAAGCCUGUUAUAGACUCCACAGCACAUCUAGCUAUCAACAUAAAUGGGAGCCUUCUAUUAUUGGAUGGAAAACAUGGGGUUGUGUGGUCCACCAGAGAAUCUUCUGCAUCUAACGGGUCUCGUGCAGAACUUUCAGAUGAAGGAAAUCUUAUUGUCACAGACAAUGUUUCAGGAAGAAGGCUAUGGGAAAGCUUUGAGAAUCUUGGUGAUACUCUGCUACCUUUCUCACCCUUGACCUAUAAUUUAGCCACCGGUGAGAAGCGUGUAUUGACCUCUUGGAAAAGUUACACCGACCCAUCUCGUGGUGACUUUGUGGCUCAUAUUACACCGCAGGUGCCAUCGCAGCUGUUUACUAUGAGAGGCUCGACGCCUUACUAUAGAACAGGUCCAUGGGCUAAAACAAGGUUCUCCGGGAUACCACUAAUGGAUGAAACAUUAGCAAGUCCAUUUAGCUUUCAGCAGGAUGCAAAUGGGUCAGGGUCUUUCUCUUAUGUAGACAGAAGCUCAAAGCUUUCACGUCUACUUAUAACAUCCGAGGGCACUCUGAUGAGGUUCCGGCAUAUUGGGACAGAAUGGGAAGUAAGCUAUCAGGCUCCAGCCAAUCCGUGCGAUGUUUACGGUGUAUGUGGACCUUUUGGACUGUGCAUAAUGUCAGAUUCUCCAAAGUGUAAAUGCUUCAAAGGGUUUGUACCAAAAUUCCCUGAGGAAUGGAAUAGAGGAAACUGGACUGGUGGUUGCUUAAGGCGUACUGAACUAGAUUGCCAAGGGAACUCUACUGGCAAACUUGCAAACGUCUUCCAUCCUGUUGCCAACAUAAAGCCUCCAGACUUUUACACGUUUGUAAGUUCUGUGGAUGCUGAAGACUGCUACCAAAGUUGCCUCCACAACUGUUCUUGCUUAGCCUUUGCUUAUAUUCGUGGAAUUGGGUGUUUGAUAUGGAAUCAAGAGCUAAUAGACGUAAUGCAGUUUUCUGCGGGAGGGGAGAUUCUUUCCAUUCGUCUUGCACGCUCUGAACUAGGUGGAAAUAAGCACAAGAAAACUAUUUUGGCCAUUGCUGUUAGCAUUUCUCUCUUUGUCAUAUUGGGAUCUGCUGCGUAUGGUUUCUAUAGAUACAAAGUGAAACAUAAUGCUAUUAUAACAACGGAUGCCUCAGAAGAUUCAUGGAGGAAAGGUCUGAAACCACAAGAUGUCCCGGGUUUAAAUUUCUUUGAGAUGAAUACCAUUGAAACUGCUACCAAUAAUUUCAGCCUGUCAAAUAAACUCGGACAAGGUGGUUUCGGUUCAGUUUACAAGGGAAAGCUGCAGGAUGGGAAAGAAAUUGCUGUCAAACGGCUUUCUAGCAGCUCGGGGCAGGGAAAAGAGGAGUUUAUGAAUGAAAUAGUACUCAUCUCAAAGCUACAACACAAAAACUUAGUUCGGAUUUUGGGAUGUUGCAUUGAAGGAGAAGAGAGGCUAUUGAUUUAUGAGUUCAUGUUGAACAAAAGCCUUGACACUUUUCUCUUAGAUUCAAGAAAAAGGCUUGAGAUUGACUGGCCUAAGAGAUUCGGUAUCAUCCAAGGUAUUGCGCGUGGACUUCUCUAUCUCCACCGUGACUCACGCCUCAAGGUCAUUCACCGAGAUUUAAAGGUGAGCAAUAUUCUUUUGGAUGAGAAGAUGACCCCAAAAAUAUCAGAUUUUGGAUUGGCUCGGAUGUUUCAAGGAACCGAAUAUCAAGACAACACUCGCAGGGUUGUAGGAACUUUAGGAUAUAUGGCUCCUGAGUAUGCAUGGACUGGUACGUUCUCAGAGAAGUCAGACAUUUACAGCUUCGGAGUUCUAUUGUUAGAAAUCAUCAGCGGAGAGAAAAUCUCAAGAUUUAGCUAUGGCGCAGAAGGAAAAACCCUUCUUGCAUAUGCAUGGGAAUCUUGGUAUGAAAAUGGAGGAAUUGAUCUUUUGGAUAAAGAUGUUGCUAACUCAUGUCAGCCAUUAGAAGUUAAGAGAUGUGUUCAGAUUGGUCUGCUCUGUGUUCAGCAUCAACCUGCAGACAGACCCAAUACACUUGAGUUGCUGUCUCUGCUCACCACUACAUCAGACCUUCAAUCACCAGAACAACCCACAUUUGCACUGCACAAGAGAGAUGACAGAUACUUGUGUAAGGGUUUGAGCACUGUCGAUGAGAUAACACAAUCUGCUAUCCUUGGGCGUUAAGAAACGAUGUGUAAUGGAAGUUGUUGAGUUAAAUUGAUUUUUUUUUUCAA